CACCAUUUGAAAUUUAAUGCCCUCCCUGAAAUUCAGAUUCAUCCAGCUUUUUCAUCACUGCCUCAGCAUUUCUGUCUCUGCAAUUCUGCAUUCUCUCUUUAUUGCUCCUGUUUAUCUUCCUCCUCCAUAUCUUUCAAAACCCUAUUUUCAACUGUUUUGUUGAUAUUUUGGGUAUUUUUUUUUACCAAUGGCUGCCUUCAGUUCUUUCGCUGAUUCGAAUCUUAAAAAACCAUUACCCAAACCACUGAUGCUCAAAGAUUAUCUUCUCGAUGAUCUGAGCUCCUGUUCAUCCAACGGUUUCCGUUCAUAUCCAAGAAGACAAUGUUGCACAACCAUUCAAUUUCUCCUCGAAAUCGAUCUCAAGGACAAGCCAUCACCCCACAAAAAGAAAUCUCUCCCCAAAAGCCGUUCGAAAUCCACGCCGUCGAAUACAAUAUCGGCGUUUCAAAGAGCCUCCGAGGUGGUGAUUAACGCCGUUAAAUUUCUUCCUUUCACCGCCGUUAAUUCUUCGUCAAAGGAUAAGAAACUUACGAAAUCGAUUUUGCCAAGAAGUCUCUCUAAGAAGCUGUUGAGACGUAGCUUCUGGAAGAAAACUGGUCACAAAGACAUUGAACGAUGGAAAUCGUUCCGUGAAUUAAUCGAAGAAGAAAAAUCAAAGCCGUUGGAUUUCUCUCCCUCCGUCAGUACCACCACCACCGACAUAACCAGUUCAACCACCGUGAGCAACCGUGACAGCUGGUCAGAUAGUGAAUUUACUUCUUCGGAGAAUAAUUUGGAGGGUAAUUCUGAGAUUGCGUUGUGUGAGAAUGACGUCGUCGUGUUGGAGGGUAAGAGGAGUUCACCGGCGGAGAAGGAGGAGGUCAACGACAGAGUGGGCGUAGCUGUCGGUGAGGAUUCCAUGGAAGCAUCUAGCACUACUACCAACUCUUCUGUUAGAAGCACCAAGAAUGAGUGGCCAAGUGAAGGGAAGGAACAAUUUAGCCCGGUGUCUGUACUAGAUUGCCCAUUUGAUGAUGAAGAUGAGGUUUCCUCACCUUUUCAACAGAGCCUUGCCCGUAUGGAAGGAACUAAAAAAAAGCUUAUGCAGAAGAUUCGAAGGUUUGAGAGUUUGGCUCACCUUGAACCAGUGGACCUACAAAAACGAAUCACAUUGCUAGAGUCCGACCAUGAAUCACUUGAAUCCCCUCCGCAGCCUUCUUCUACAUCUAUGCAAGACUAUAUUCUGACAGACCAAGAAGAGGAGGAUAAAAUUGAAGAAAGAACUUUCGAGUUACUUCAUCUAAUCAAAGCAGCAAUACCAUCAAACUCGAAACUUAUGGCUGAUGAUCUCUUGCUAGAUCUUGUCAAAGAGAGAAUUGUCAAAGGGUUAACAAACACCCUUGUCCUAACCAAAGCCAACACAUUUGACUCUGAGCUGUUAGAUGAAGUGAAAAAUUGGAUGAAUGACCAACACCGCGAAUUGUUGUUGGAAUGGGAAGUGCCAGAGAACAGACAGGCGUAUCUGAGAGAUAUGGAAAAGGGUGGAACAUGGACAAAGCUAGAUGAAGAAAAACAAGAGGUGGCUCUAGAGUUGGAGUUUGAUGUUUUUGCUUCUUUGGUGGAUGAGCCUUUACCUAACCAACAAGACACAAUAAUGGCAACAGUGAACGAAGAAGACAAGGAGCAACAACGACAAUGA